UUUUUCUCUUUUUUCCUUACUACACUUUUCCUUUUUUCUUUUUUUUCUUUUUUAUGAUAAUGGCGAAUCCUUCACCUCUUCCCAAUUCUUAUUCACCAAAGGACCAACCACCAAGAAGUGCUUUUCAAUGGCCGGCUCCAUUGUCCCCUAGGUUUAAUAAACAAGAUGACUUUGAUACCACCGCUACAAAUACCGACCUCUCUUUGAAGGAAAUUCUAGAUAAAUACAAGGACGAUGCUGAUAUAUUACGACAUAUAUUACUGGCUAAGGCAGAAGAAGACAAAAGACAAGCUGCUAGGGAUAUGUUGAAAACAGAACAAGCACGAAUUCACCUCAAGCAGUUGGAUCUAGAAUAUUUACGUGAACAAAGUAGAUUAUCACGACAUGAUGAUAAGUCAUAUCACCAAAACCAGUCAACAAUUGCAACAGCUCCACCAUCAGCAACAACACAACAUUUGCCUCCACCACCAGGAACACCAUCUUAUGCUUAUGGUCUUGCUCCUGUUCAACAACAAGUUCUUGCUCGUCUCACCGGGAAUCAUCCAGAUACUCACUAUUCUUCCAAUUAUUCCAGCAAUUAUGAAUACCAACCUUCUUCACCUGUAGCUUAUCCUCAUUCAGCUCAUCCUCUUUGUCCACCUACCGAAAUACGUACCAAUAACAAUAAUAAAAGUUCAACGGCUGUUGCGGCUGCAGCUGCACGUUAUAAUCAUCCCGGUACUUCCAAUUCUACGCCAGUAUCAGCUGCUACAAGUUCCUCUAUUCAUUAUCGACAUCGAUUGCCGCCACCUUCUAUCAACACUUCAACUUCUGCAGCUACUCUUCAGCCUUCUGCACCAGUAUCACCUGCCGUAGGCGCAAAUUCAAUUGACGACUCUACUGCAUCUAUCCCUACACGUUACAAACGAAAUCGACAUUCUGCUUCUGAUCAAUCGGAUGAUAAGUUAUCUCACAACAAAGUCAUGGAAGCAUUAAAAGCAAAAAUUCAACGCGGCAAUGGAUCUCCGAUCAGCACUACUCCAACUUCUUCAUUACCCUACAGGUCCAACUUUGCAGACUCUUUACAUAUGGAUAAACGACAACGACAAUUACCGAAACCAAUAGUCUCUGUGGAAAAUAAUAACAACAAUAAAUCAUCGACAUCAUCUGCAUCGACAACAGUCAAUAGUAUCACCUCAAAUGGCACUGGGCCAGUUCCAUCAACAUCAUCCUCAUCAGCAAUAUCACCAUCAACGACAUCUCAUACACCAUCACCUCGAUCUGCAAAACCAAUUUUACCACCUAUCGAUACCAGUGUUGGCAGAAAUCCUCAUCAUCCUCAUCAUCCUCAUCAUCACCAUCAACAACAACAACAAAAACAACAACAAAAGCAACAACAACAACAACGCCAUCGAUCAUCCUCUCCUCCACCACGUGUAUCCACUUCUUUUCAAUCUACUAGCAAGAUCAGUGAUAUCCCCACAAGUACACCAACUACAGUUCAAAUAUCACCUUCUGAUCAAGUUCUUGCUCUCUCUACUCAUCAUCGGCAAGGCAGAAGUAGCGGUUCACAGCAUUCUACACCACCAGAGAUCACAUACAAACAAGAAUCAUCAGAUUAAAAAAAAAAAAAAGGAAGACUUGACAACAAAAGGGACAAGGAUCGAAGGAAAAUUUUAUGGGACGGAACAAAGAACGAAGGCUUUGAAUGGUUGGUUUUGGACAACAAACAGUAAGCAAGAAACAAAUGGGAUCUGUCUUUGGCUUGGCUUCGAGGCUUUGAUAUAGAUGUUUGGCUUUUUUUUUUUUUUUUUUGGUAGUUAGUCA